CGGGCGGCCGGUCUCUGCAACUUUCUUCUUACCCCCACCAAUGGUUUCUGGUGCAGGACUCCAUGCUCUCUUUGUCUCCAAGUCUCAACGCUCUGUGCGGUAUCAUCUACCAGCUAUCCGAGACAAAGAUUGCAACCAUGUCUCGACCAAAUCGAAGCUCGCCAGGUCCAUGGCGCGUGCUGUGAACUCUAAACCGUGGUCAGACGAAGUCGAGUCUUCACUCUCAUCCCUCCUCCAUCCAUCCGAAUCCAUCUCCAGAACCACCGUUCUCCAAACCCUACGCCUCAUCAAGAUCCCUGCCGAUGGUCUUCGGUUCUUUGACUGGGUUUCCAACAAGGGCUUUUCUCACAAGGAGCACUCUUUUUUCCUCAUGCUCGAGCUCCUUGGUCGUGCUCGGAAUCUCAACGUGGCUCGCAAUUUCUUGUUCUCCAUCGAGAAAAGGUCUAACGGUUGCGUCCAGCUCGAGGAUCGCUACUUCAACAGCUUGAUUAGGAGCUACGGAAACGCUGGGCUGUUCCAGGAAUCAGUCAAGCUCUUCGAGGCCAUGAAGAAGAUGUGCAUCUCCCCUUCUGUUCUUACGUUCAACAGUCUCUUGUCGAUCUUGCUUAAGCGUGGUAAGACUGGUAUGGCCCUUGAUGUGUUCGACGAAAUGCGUCGUACCUACGGGCUUACCCCAGAUUCUUACACUUUCAACAUCUUGAUAAGCGGGCUUUGUAAGAAUUCCAUGGUCGAUGAAGCCUUUAGGAUUUUCAAGGAUAUGGAGCCCUAUAAAUGCAGUCCUGAUGUUGUUACGUACAACACCAUCAUCGACGGGUUAUGCAGAGCCGGGAAGGUGAAGAUUGCGCAUAAUGUCUUGAAUGGAAUGUUGAAGAAAGCAGCGGAUGUGCAUCCCAACACUGUUAGUUACACCACUCUGGUGCGCGGGUAUUGUAUGAAGCAGGAAAUUGAUGAAGCCUUGGUUGUGUUUCAUGAUAUGCUAACUAGAGGGCUGAAACCAAAUGUUGUGACUUUCAAUACUCUGAUCAAGGGCCUCUCGGAGGCUCAGAGGUAUGAUGAGAUCAAAGAAAUUUUGAAUGGACGGGAUUAUACAUCUACUACUUUUGCACCAGAUGCCUGCACUUUUAAUAUUUUGAUCAAGGCCCACUGUGAUGCUGGACAUCUGGAUGCAGCGAUGAAGGUGUUCCAUCAAAUGGUGAAUAUGAAGUUGCAUCCUGAUUCAGCUUCAUAUAGUGUUUUGAUUCGUACUUUGUGUCUCAGAAACGAAUUUGAUAGAGCCGCCACUCUGUUCAAUGAGUUAUUUGAGAAGGAAGUAUUGUUAGGCAAGGAUGGAUGCAAGCCUCUUGCUGCAGCUUAUAACCCAAUGUUCCAAUACUUGUGUGCCAAUGGGAAAACGAAACAAGCUGAGAAAGUUUUUAGGCAGCUCAUGAAAAGAGGAGCGCAAGAUCCACCCUCUUACAGGACUUUGAUCGCGGGUCACUGCAGAGAAGGCAAAUUCAAGGCUGCUUACGAGCUCUUGGUUCUAAUGCUCAGGCGGGAAUUUGUGCCUGAUCUUGAAACCUACGAGAUAUUGAUCGAUGGGCUAUUGAAAGUAGGUGAAGCUGUUCUUGCUUACGAUACCCUACAGAGGAUGCUAAGGAGCUCUUAUCUUCCAGCUGCAACCACUUUCCAUUCUGUACUUGCAGAACUUGUAAAGGGAAAAUUUGCUAACGAGUCUUUCGGCUUCAUGAGGCUAAUGUUGGAAAAACGAAUAAGACAGAACAUUGAUCUUUCAACGCAUGCUGUCAGAUUGCUUUUUAGCAGUGGACAGAAGGACAAGGCAUUUCUGAUUGUUAGGUUGCUUUAUGAUAAUGGGUAUUUGGUUAAAAUGGAGGAAUUACUUGAUUUCCUCUGCGAAAAUGGGAAGCUACUUGAUGCGUACAGACUUGUGCUGUUUUGUCUGGAAAAGAGUCAAGUGGUAGAUAUUGGCACUUGCAACAGCGUCAUAGAAGGACUCUGUAAGCAUAAGAGACACUCUGAAGCGUUUAGUUUGUACAAUGAAUUGGUAGAACUAGGGAACCACCAACAGCUUAGCUGCCAUGUGGUUUUGAGAAAUGCCUUAGAGGCCGCUGGAAGGUUGGAAGAACUUCAGUUUGUGUCAAAAAGGAUGGCUACACUGAGAAAGGCAGACGAUUGCUAUGGAUUAGAACAAGUGAUUUCAUCAUAAAUCUUCCUGUACCAUGGAGCAGUAUGUAUAAAGAGUUUGGCAGGCCCUUUAUCUUCCAUACAAGUCCCAGGUGUUUGGAAUUUGAGUUUCCAAUCAACAGAAAACUCCCUGUAAUUGGUAUAUGAGUUCCUUGGUCUCUAUGGAUGUUUCAGCACUGUUCCUGACUUUCACCUUCAUGAUACCUGUUACUUGAGCACCCGGAGGGAAAAAAAAAGGUUUUAUUGCCUCUUUCAUGGUUUUUUGCAUUUCUAACCAGCACAAGCCAAAGAAUUACCAAACCCCAAUAAAAUAGUCACUACUCUCUUUCCAUGUUGCUCACUUGUCAACACCGAACUCUCUCCAA